AUGUGGCACACGGACAAUGCGAUCACAACAGGUCCUGGUGGUGUACAAGCCGCAAGCCAUGGACACCGCAGGAUUGGAUUUAUUGACUUCGGUCGUCGUAUUGUGUCCUACGAUGGAAAUGUUUGUACACCACACCAAAAUGUGCUUGCAGCCACAAGCGUGUGUGAAGAUUUUUGCAGGGGCGUCGAUCCUCCUCUAUCAAGUGCUUUGUAUGGUCCUGUGCUGGACCGAGUCGAGACGCGCAACACGAUGCCUGACGGUGAUAGUGCGGAUGGCGAAUGCCACCCAUCCAUGCACCAUGGACAUUCUAUUUGCCUGCAUAUGUUGCGAACAGCGCGCGGGUAUAUUGCCUGCACAGUAGAAUACACAAGAGGCACGAAAGCAAAAGACGACGGUGAGUGGUCUGCCGGUUCCAUCCCGCUGCCUAUCGCCAUCCUGGCCCUUCAUGCAGAUGCAUGCACUGCGCACAAACGUGCUGUGCGUGCUUUCUCUGCUUGGCUUCUCAACUCUGAGAGCAUUUGCUCGCCAGUGCUCGCGUCCAUCGCCGACUCGCACACCAGAGCUGGGUACCUCGUUGGAGAGCAUGUUGACAGCCGUCCCACCGGAAUUACGACUUAUUAUGAAUGUGCGCGCGGAGUGGACGACUGGAGGAGACGAAAUAUCGUUCUUAUUUGGUGUGCGCAAGACUGGGACACGGAUCCCACAGAUCAGCACGAGGACAGCAGGGUGAUAUAUGCCAGCCAAGAAUAUUCGCCUUCAGCUGCUAUAAUGCUGCGUCGCCACCAGAAACUCUCCAAUCACGCCGAUACACGUUUCUGAAGUGUCGACACGGCCUCAGAAUCUUGCUGCUGUGCGAAUCACGGCAACUCCGACAGACGUUGUGGGCUGUGCGACCCGCGCCGGCAUAUGCACGCUGCUCGCCCGCUGCACGUUGUGCAACGGCGCAUAUCCACAGACUUCUGGAAAACGUCACGGAACAAAAGGUGCAUACUCCAAAGUUUCCUCCUCACUGUCGCGUGUCCUCCUCAAUUGUUCUGUUCACUUGCGAAAAUAAUCUUUCAAAGCGCUGGCCGCUGACGACCUCAUAGCUACACUCGCGAGAUUAUACCUAACGGCCUGGCAGCUGCAGCAUACCGGAGUUUUUGAAUGCGCUUUUUAAU